GUUCAGAUCAGUGCUUUAAACACCAAAGAAAAACAAUGUUUUCAAAAAUUUUAGGAAUUGCCCUUUUGGCAACUUACAUCAACGCCCAGUACCACGAGCAACAAGGACACGGUUCUUCCUACAUUUCUUUCACACAAGAUGCAGGACAUUCUGGACUCGGAUUAGGCUCUUUGGGUUUGAGUGGAGGCGCCGGAUCUUCUCUUGGUGGUUCAAUCGGGCAUGCCAUUCCCGUAAUUCAGACUGAAAGUCACCAUGAGGAACACCACGCUCCAGCUAAGUACCAGUUCAAAUAUGGCGUACAAGAUAAACACACCGGUGAUAUCAAGCAACACGAAGAAACUCGUGACGGACAUGUAGUUAAAGGAUCGUACUCUCUCCAUGAACCCGAUGGUACCAUUUUGACUGUGCACUACACUGCUGAUAAGAAGAGUGGCUUCAAUGCGGUGGUUCAAAGGUCCGGACAUGCUACUCACCCCCAGAAGUCUCACCAUUAA